AUGGAUCACCUACCAGUGCCGAGCGACCGUUGCCUUGUGGACCACAUCAGAAUACCAUACUUGGCAACCGACAAAUAUGAUGCUCCUUUCAGCAGCUAUCCGCACAGAAGCGGGUGGAAUCUCAAACUAGGGAGUGAGUUGGCGAGAGAGAUAGCCUUUGCUCCCGAAUCUCAAGCAGCCAGAUACAUCGGAUCCCUCGCCCAAACCUGGCUCUACUUCGGCCUACUAGCCCAGUUCCUGGGUGAGCCCGUCAAUCAAGAGACAUUUCGGCUUAUGGAUAAUGUCGAAGAUGGACCUGCUCGUCUAUGCACACAACCGUUGGAGCAACUGGUGUGUGCUCGAACGCAGACACUCCUAGACCAUUUCAAUGUCAACGGUAGUCGUGAGAUCGAGUCUUUUCGUGACGAAUUUCAAGACGUUCUGAUAAUGGUCCGACAUCAGACCUUGUUACUUCUUCCAAAAGAGGCCGACCAGGACAGUGCAGUCGCCAUGACAUGUUUGGCCAUAGCUGCGUUGGCCGACUACCUUUCCACCGCGCUUCUCGGUCUCUGUCAACGAACAGGAUUGGACUCUCCCGUCACGCAGGUCUGGAGGUUGUUGAACACUGGGUUCCAGUUCGAUUGCGGCCUACCGCUAUUGCAGCUGAUGUCGGAACAAGGGUGGUGUCCGUCCAUCCUAACAGACGUUUCCUACGAUCCACAAGUGGACACAGUCUCGGUCCUGUGGUAUAUCGGAAACUUGCUUCCACCAAACAAUGACAUACCGCACGCGGUAUGCACUCCAAUAGCGUGCGCUCUACAUCACGUUGACGAGACACAAUACGCCCAGGUUCACGCCUUCGAGGAUUGCCGCUGUGAUGCUGUGGGCCCAGGACUUUCGGAACUGGAAACAAUCAUACGUAACGGGAAGAUUCCUGUUAUGAAGCUCGAAGGCAAUAUGCUGAGUGUUCGAGAGGCUGAGACUGGAUCUGCCUUUGUAGCGAUAUCACACGUCUGGGCUGACGGCAUGGGAAACCCUGCAGCCAACACUCUUCCUCUUUGCCGCAUACUCGAGAUCCAAAGGCUCGUCAACGAACUGCCGAAAAGGAAUAGAGACAAUCAAGACAACACGCCGUUCUGGAUUGACACCUUAUGUGUGCCGCGCGGGCCUAGAGAUCUACGAAGAAUUGCCCUGGGCCAGCUGCGGAAGCCCUACGAGCAAGCGGCUGACGUCCUCGUCCUUGACUCGUACUUGAGACGGCAAAUCUCAGAAGGACGUACUACGUCUGAGCUGCUUGCAGUGAUUGCUUUAUGCCCGUGGUCCCAUCGGCUUUGGACUUUCCAAGAGGGCCGUAUCCCUCGCCAGCCGGCCUACGUUUGGUUUUCUUUCCAAGACGCAGUCAUAGAUCUAUCCUCCAGGUUAAGAACACCCGAGCCCAAUUUUCCUACGCGGGCUGCCCGAACUGUAUCCCUUAGGCUUUUGUUGGGCCACCAGCAGACACGAGCCAGUGCUGGUUUGCUACCUGACGAGCACCUCCACCACCCGUCUGUCCUCCGACAAGUGCUAGCUGGACGAAGAACAUCCAGAUCCGAAGAUGAGGCGCUGUGCAUUAGCUCGCUUCUCAAUCUUGCUCCAGAUGUGGCCGACAAGAUCAUCUGUUCAGCUGGGGAGGCGCGCAUGGCCGCAAUAUGGGACCACCUGCCCACCAUACCUGUUGGGAUCGCCUUCUCCAAGUCGACGAAGAAACUGAACAUUUCCGGGUUUCGAUGGGCGCCGUCGACAUUCAUGGGCGACUCGGACACAAGUCUUAAGCAUUGGGAGGGGCCCAACGGCACCUGGGCAGCGCCACCCGCGCAAGCAACGCCAACGGGUCUCGCGAUACACAGGCCGGCAAUGCUUCUCGACGAUUUCUGCUCAGGAGCCUUAUCGGAAGGAGACCACGAGCUGAGUUCUGAUCUGGUCAUGAGACGUCAGAUAGGAGACGCUGUGGUAGAUUUCCUAGGAGAUCAUCCGAGUGUUCUCGAUCUCAUGAAAGGCAUCAAUGUGCACGGGCAGUGGGGGGAGGAUGACGACCUCGCCAUACGCGACUGCAUUGGCCUUGUGGAAGCCUUUGUCGAAUACGGUGAUUUCCUCGCGGUAAAUACGACUCAGACAGACAGGAUCUGGUGCCUUGGUUGA